GUCACUCCGAGAUGCUAAGCUACAAAGCUGCUAAGGUAGCAGCUCCUGCCUCCACCAGCUCAGUCAGGUCGCAAGAUCCGUGUCUGGACUUGCAGCGAUCGAGCUUGGAGAGUUUGCUGGGCCAUCGAUCGGAGAUAUUUCUGGAUUUUCUACGUGCUCCUUCUCCGUCGAGGGAGACUACCGCAGCCUUCCCCUCACCUUUGCGUGAAUCCGCCAACCUUCUCACAAGUAGUUGGGGGGAAAAGAAGUAGAUCUUCUUGGGGGAGAUGCUUGUUGGGGAGGCCAUUGUCACUGCUCAACUUCAUGGUCAUCGUUCCAUCUUGUACAUGACGUCGAUGGCGGACAAGGUAAAAGUCAAACUCGACAAGCUACUCGAGGGCAAGGAUCAGGCCGUAAAAUUAUAUGAGAGUAUGAAUGAGGAAAAGGCAAAUUUUGCUGCCAAGGAGGAGGAUUAUAGAGGUCAGCUUCAAAAAAUGGGUGAGGAGUUGAAUGCUGUGUUGACCUCUGAGCAGAAUCUCCAGGAUGAGGUUGUUUCUUUAAAGAUUUGUGGUGAGAAGGCCAACAAGAGGGCCGAGAUGGAGAAGAAGAGAGCUGAAAAGGAGAGGGCACGGGCGGAAGAGCUAAGGGCCCAGGUUUCUGAGGAGCGUUCUCAUACGUUAAAGGCUAUCAAGAAGAUGGAGGAAGCUCAUGCGAGAUCAAAGGGCGAAAUGAAGAGAGCUGAAGAGGCUGAGACCAUAGGUAUCAGAGCUGUGGAGCCUUGGAGAGAAUCUCUAGAGUUUGACGCCUUAGCCUAAGAUGCUAUGUAGUAGCCUUGGAAGAGUUAAUAAAGCACGUCCGAAGGGAGAGGCCGGAGUUUGAUGCUACCUUUCUGGACGAAGCACUAGGCGAGUAGAGGGAGGAGCUGCGCAAAUUGUCCAAAGCUGCUGGAGUUCGGACAUCUCCUGCUGACUAGGAUGUUGAGUGUAGCGCCCCCAGUCCACCAAGACCCCUAGGAGGUUGUUUUUUGAAGAUGUUUGGUAUUUUGUAAUAUGUUUUGACUCAUUUACGAACUUCAUUUCGAUGUUUCAUGAC